AUGGCUACCACAAUGUGCCAGUGCCUGGGCUUCACCGUUGCUUCACUGGGCUUUGCCGGGACCAUUGUAGCCACUGCCUUGAACAUGUGGAGCACUCAGGAUCUCGGUCAGGAUCUGGUGACUUCAGUAUACAACUACAUGGGACUGUGGAGAACGUGCGUACAACAGUCGUCGGGCUUCACAGAAUGUCGCCCCUUCUUUACUGUCUUAGGGCUUCCAGCUACAUUCCAAGCCGUCCGGGCUCUGAUGAUCGUCUCCAUCGUUCUCUCGCUGAUUGCUUCUCUGGUCUCCAUCCUGGCGCUCAAGUGCAUUCGCCUGGGAACCAUGGACGAUGCUGCCAAGGCCAACCUCACACUCACCUCUGGAAUCCUGUUCAUCAUCGCAGGGGUUUGCUGUGUAGCCGGAGUAUCAAUCUACGCAAAUAUGUUGGUGACAAAUUUCUGGAUGAUGAACACAUCAAUGCUUGGGGCUCAGGGUCCAGCUAUGCAGAGGUACACAUUUGGCUCUGCCUUGUUUGUGGGAUGGGUGUCGGGAGGCUUGCUCCUUAUUGGUGGAAUCGUGAUGUGCAUUGCCUGUAAAGGGCUGGUACCUGAAGAAACUCGGUACAAUUCCACUAUCUACAAGGCACCAAGCCGAGGACACCCCUACAAGUCCGGCUACAAAACCAGCACCCACUACGAAACAGAAAUGGCACCAGUAAAGAGGACCUAUCCCGAUGACAAGUCCACCUACAACCGAGGCACCAAUGAGGAAACCAAACAAGGGAAAUACGAUUAUGUGUAA